AAGGGAGCGCGCGAUACGACGCCGUAUCCCGUAUCGCUAUACGAGGUGCUAUAAAAUACAGUUAUGCGGUUUUGUCCAUGAUAAGCGCUUGAUAUACGAAUAUACUGAAGUUACUUUUGCCUUUAUCACUCGCAAUAAUGGCGUGCUCUGUCUGAAGCGGAACAAAAAAUGUCGUCAAAGCCCAUAUUGUAUUCCUACUACAGGGGGUCAUCAUGGAGGGCUCGCAUUGUUUUGGCACUAAAGAACGUCGACUAUGAAUACAGAGCUGUCAAUCUCAGAGCUGAAGGUGGCGGAGAACAGCAUUCCGAUGACUUCAAAAGAGUCAACCCCAUGUCACAAGUGCCCGUCUUGGUUGUUGACGGGCAGGCAAUAUCCCAAUCGGUUGCCAUUAUGGAAUACCUGAACGAGAAGUACCCAGAACCAAAACUGUUACCAGAUGACCUCUUUCUGAGAGCCAAGACUCGCGAAAUCGUUGAGAUCAUAGUGUCCGGCGUGCAGCCAUUGCAGACACCGGGACUCAUUCCCAGGAUCGGAGAGGCAGAAUGGCGGAACUGGGCCAAGUUUUUCAUCACCAAGGGCUUCGUAGCUGUCGAAACCAUACUGAAGGCAACCGCCGGCAAGUACUGCGUCGGCGACAGCGUGACCCUGGCCGAUGCCGUGCUCAUUCCUCAACUCAGCAACGCCCGCAUGCACGACAUCGACAUGGCGCAGUUUCCAACGAUUGCUCGCGUUGCUGAAGCCCUGGAGAAAGUUCCAGCUUUUCAAGUAUCUCACCCGUGUCGCCAGAUGGACACGCCCGACAACGAGAGGAAGUGACUUUCUGCUCAAAUAUUUUGUUAAAAUAUGCAUAUUAUUGCAUGUUUGCAUAUGCAAAAUAUGCAUAUAUGCAAACAUGCAUCAUGCCACUCCCACAUGGCAGCAUAUUUUUAUACCACAAAUAAACCACAUUUAAUAAAGUCACGUGUCGUACACUAAGGCA